CUCUCUCUCUCUAGAUAUGGACCCCACCAGGAUGCGGAUCCCUUCAAGCCCCGUGUCCCAGCUCUCAUCCACCAUUUUGUGGCCUACAAGAACCAGGACCACGGAGCCUGGCUGAGGGGAGGAGAUGUCUGGCUGGACGACUGCCAAUUUGCUGAUAAUGGAAUUGGCCUAACACUGGCUAGUGGUGGUACAUUCCCUGAUGAUGAUGGCUCUCGUCAGGAGGUGAAGAACAGUCUGUUUGUUGGGGAGAGUGACAACAGGGGCAUGCCCAUUCCUGACAACCGUAUCUGGGGUCCCGGGGGACCCGACCUCAAUGGGAGGACCCUGCCUCGAGGAGUUGACUUCCCUAUCCGCGGCAUGCAGAUCUACGACGGGCCCAUCAACGUGCAGAACUGCACCUUCAGAAAGUACAUUGCCCUGGACGGUCGACACACCAGCGCCUUCGGCUUCAGACUCAACAACUCCUGGCAGAGCUGCCCUAACAACAACGUCACCGACAUCACCUUCGACGAUGUGCCUAUACCGUCCCGGGUGUUUUUCGGCGAGCCCGGCCCAUGGUUUAACAAGAUGCAGAUGGACGGUGACAAGACCACCAUAUUCCACGAUGUGGACGGCUCGGUCAGUGAGUACCCUGGAGCCUUCCUGGUCAAAGAGGACAACUGGUUACUGAGACACCCUGACUGUAUUGACGUGCCUGACUGGAGGGCUGCCAUCUGUAGUGGGCAUUAUGCACAGAUCUACAUACAGACACGUAACCCUGCCAGUCUGAACAUGCAGAUGGUAAAGGAUGAGUACCCUGACAGACCCCUGACACUAGAGGGCGCUCUGGGUAAGAAGAAGCACUACCAGCAGUUCCAGCCCGUGGUCACCCUGGGUAAGGGCUACACUGUACACUGGGACCAGGCUGCUCCUGCAGAGAUCACUGUGUGGCUCAUCAACUUCAACAGGAACGACUGGAUCAACGUGGGCUUCUGCUACCCGCCAGGCACCACCUUCACGAUCAUCUCGGACAUCCACAACCGGCUGACCAAGCAGACAAGGAAGACCGGUGUGUUCAUGAGGACCACACAGAGAGACAAGAUCAACCAGUCUCACCUGUCCCGAGGCUAUUACUACUGGGAGGAAGAUACCGGCCUGCUGUUUCUCCGAGUGAAGGCCCACAAUGAGAAGGAGGACUUUGCCUUCUGUUCAGUGAAGGGCUGUGAGAGGGUUAAAAUCACAGCCGUUAUCCCUAAGGGCAGCGGCCCCAGUGACUGCAUGACACAGGCCUACCCCCUGCACGCAGAGAUGCCCAUCGUAGAUGUGCCCAUGCCAAGGAAACUGCCCAGCGCCAAGCUGCGCACCACAGACCACUUCCUAGAGGUCAAGCUGGAGUCAUACAACACACGCUUCUUCCACAUCAAGGAGGACUUCGCCUACACAGAGGUUAACGGCAGGAAGUUGUACCAGCCAGAUGAUGGGGUGCAGCUGACGGUGAUGGACGGCCAUGAUGGGAGACUGGUGGAGAGCAAAGGCUUCAGGAACUCCAUACUGCAGGGUGUACCUGCCCAGAUAGAGGGCUAUGUUAACAACCUGACAGACCACUCUAUCGUCAUAAUAACGUCUAAGGGUCGUCUGGUGACUCGGGGCCCCUGGACCAGAAUACUGGAACUCCUCGGAGCUGACAAGACCCUCAAGUUGAGAGGUAACUAACUAAUGUAGCUCCUU